UACAGGGUUUGGCUUGGCACUCUUCUACAAGUGGGCAGCCAUCUUGGAUCCAGCAGAAUAGCACCGCUAUAUCCACUUUCGAGAUGGAAGGAUUUUAGUCUAACUUUGGUUUUAAAUUCACCCGAAAACCAGGAGGAACGUUUCAGCUGGAACUUUGUGACUUGGAAUUUUUACAGGAAGUUGAACAGCAAAAAUUGGCAGCAAAUUCUGAGACCGGUUUACGUGAACUCCCCCAUCCCCUCCCCUUUUCCUUGUCUGAACGUUGUGUGCAGUUUAUGGGGGCCUAUUAAGUGUUGCUGUUGAGUUAUCUACAUUUACAUUACGGACAUUUUUGUUUAAACUGAGCAGACCACUUGUUAAGAAGAGGUUAUGCCAUUUAAUCGGUCAACUUUAUGUGAAGAGUUGCCUUUUGCCAAUUGUUCUACGUGUGGACUGUAGCAUACCAAGCUACUGUGUAGUAAUGCGGUUCUUGAAUUUAUUUCAUUAAUCUGGACUCGGGGUACUUUCCGACCUCGGAUUUGCUCAGAAACUUGACUGUCUUGCCAUUGGUGUUGAUCGAAUCCAUGACCAUCAACAAUUGGAGUGUCGCUUUCCAACCAUCCAAGUAAGGUGCUGCAAAACCAAAUCGUGACUCAGAACCACUUUGGCUAUUCCGACAGUAAAAUGUCAACGAGAACACCACUACCUACCGUCAAUGAGCGUGACACUGAAAAUCACACCUCCCAUAGUGAUGGGCGCAGUGAGGUGCCCACGCGGGCCGGUCGCUCGGGUGCCCGCUGCAGGAACUCCAUCGCCUCCUGUACCGACGAGCAGCCGCACAUCGGUAACUACCGGCUGCUCAAGACUAUCGGCAAGGGCAACUUCGCCAAGGUCAAGCUCGCCCGACACAUCCUGACAGGGAGAGAGGUGGCCAUCAAAAUUAUUGAUAAGACUCAACUGAAUCCUACCAGUCUUCAGAAGCUCUUCAGGGAAGUCAGAAUAAUGAAGAUUCUCAACCAUCCAAAUAUUGUAAAGCUCUUUGAAGUCAUCGAGACGGAAAAGACCUUAUACCUGAUCAUGGAAUAUGCAAGUGGAGGGGAGGUCUUCGACUACCUCGUAGCACACGGAAGAAUGAAGGAGAAGGAGGCCAGGGCUAAAUUUAGACAGAUAGUGUCUGCCGUACAGUAUUGCCAUCAGAAGCGCAUCGUCCACAGAGAUUUGAAGGCGGAGAAUCUACUCCUGGACGCCGACAUGAACAUCAAGAUCGCCGACUUUGGCUUCAGCAACGAGUUCACGGUGGGCAACAAGCUGGACACGUUCUGCGGCUCGCCGCCCUACGCCGCGCCCGAGCUCUUCCAGGGCAAGAAGUACGACGGGCCAGAGGUGGACGUCUGGAGCCUGGGGGUCAUCCUCUACACACUCGUCAGCGGGUCACUGCCCUUCGACGGACAGAACCUAAAGGAGCUGCGUGAGCGCGUUUUAAGAGGGAAGUAUCGGAUCCCCUUCUACAUGUCCACAGACUGCGAGAACCUCCUCAAGCGUUUCCUGGUGCUCAACCCAGCCAAGCGGGGGACACUUGAGCAAAUCAUGAAGGACCGGUGGAUCAACGCAGGGUGUGAGGAGGAAGAGCUUAAGCCAUUUGUAGAGCCUGAGCUGGACAUCACCGAUCAGAAGAGAAUAGACAUUAUGGUGGGGAUGGGCUACUCGCGGGAGGAGAUCAACGAGUCGCUGACGCGCAUGAAGUACGACGAGAUCACCGCCACUUAUCUGCUGCUAGGCAGGAAGUCCAGCGAGUUGGAGGCCAGUGACUCCAGCUCGAGCAGUAACCUCUCUCUGGCCAAGGCGCGGCCCAACAGCGAGCACAACAACGGCCAGUCGCCAUCGCACCUCAAGGUCCAACGCAGCAUCUCCUCCAAUCAGAAACAGCGGCGCUACAGUGACCAGGCGGGUCCAGCCAUCCCAUCGGUGGGCCACCCCAAGCGCAGCCAGACGGUGGCUGACAGCGACCUGAAGGAGGAGGCGGCGUCGGCCGCUCAGCCCCGCAAGUCCAGCUCCUCGGGCAGCCGCGGCAUGGCCCCACCCAGUCCACUCCUGGGCAGUGCCAACAACCCCAACAAGGCCGACAUUCCCGACCGCAAGAAGGGCACUGCCGCCCCCGGCAGUACGGUGUCCAGUGGUAUGACCCGGAGAAACACCUAUGUGUGCAGCGAGCGGAACGCAACCGACAGGCACUCAGUCAUCCAGAACGGCAAGGAGAACAGUACGGCGGUUGCUGGUCAGCGGAGCCACGUGGUCAGCGGUAGUGGCGUUGGCGGCGCGUCCACGCACAGCGUCAGCAGCGGCAGCGGCGCCACCCCGCCGGACCGGCUGCGUUUCCCGCGGGGCACGGCCAGCCGGAGCACCUUCCACGGCGGUCCGCUUCGGCGGCGCCGCCGCGACCACCUAACGCCCGGCCUAAGCAUGCGCUGUCGCCGCGACGCCACCCCGCUCUCUCAGGCGCGCAGCCGCGGCUCCACCAACCUCUUCACCAAGCUCACCUCCAAGCUCACGCGCAGAAAUAUGUCAUUCAGGUUUACCAAAAGAGGGCCAGCAGAGUUUGAGAGGAAUGGGAGAUAUGAGGGUUCAAGUCGCAACGUUUCUGGAGAGACCAAGGAGGACAGCAAGGAUAGCAAGCCCCGCUCGCUGCGCUUCACGUGGAGCAUGAAGACCACCUCGUCCAUGGACCCGGCCGACAUGAUGCGCGAGAUCCGCAAGGUGCUGGACGCCAACAACUGUGACUACGAGCAGCGCGAGCGAUUCCUGCUCCUCUGCGUCCACGGCGACGGCCACGCCGAAAGCCUUGUCCAAUGGGAGAUGGAGGUGUGCAAGCUUCCCCGCCUCUCACUCAACGGCGUGCGCUUCAAACGGAUAUCGGGGACGUCCAUCGCCUUCAAGAACAUCGCCUCCAAAAUCGCCAACGAGUUAAAGCUGUAAAAACCUGGGAAACCCUAAUUGACAAGAGGAGGGGGAGGGGGGAAAAAGAGAAACAAAAUAACAGUGACGUACGUACAAAAACGAAACAAAACGAUACCAGAGAAAAUGUGAAAAAAAGCGACUAAAGGACUAAAGGCACACAAAAAAACUAGCAUAAUCAAGCUGUACAUUGUUUAUGAACAAACAAAAAUGGUAGCAAAUACUGAAAAUAGCGCUCAAAACACUUACAAAGUAUGUACCAGAAAAUAAUGUAUAGACUUAUGCCUUAGGCAAUAAUUUCCUGCAUCUUUCCAUUGUUGAUGUUGUUAUUAUUAUUAUUAUUAUUAUUAUUGUUAUUAUUAUUAUUAAUAAUUAUUAUUGAUGCGUCCGUUGGUGAUAAAAAAAAGUGAGGAAUUUGUCUGUUGUUUUCUCCUUUUUUUUUCCUAUUUUUUUUAUUGUGCACUACUGCAUUAGUUGGCCUUUUGGGCCAUAGUCACCUACCGGCCCACUCACUCCAAAACCUCAGCAAAGGAAAAAGUCGCUUCACACAAGAAAACAAAAGCAAAAAAUAAAUAAACAACAAAAAAAAUGUCACAGAAAAAAAAGAGGGGAUUGAAACCAGUGGCUCCACCCGUCCCCACGCUGUCCCCCCGCUGGCCUGGUCUCAGGCCCACGACGCCCCCUGUCGGUGGAACCGGCACAUAGCACGGCCCAUGCCACCCUUCUCUCGGCCCAGUAGGAGUUGGUCCAGGCAGGGUAGGACAGAGCCAUAAGUUGCACACACACACACACACACACACACAUUUUCUUUGAUGUGAACAUAGUCUGUUUUAUUCUUGUUUGUUUUCCGUUUUGUCUGUUUUUGUUUGUUUCAUUUAUGUCUCUAUGGGUGAUGGUGGUGCUUUCUCAUCUAAAGAACACACCCUAUUUGCACCUUAAUCAGUGCACAAGCAGCCACCUGCUCACACACACACAUACUGUACACACACACACACACACACUCACUCACUCACUCCCCAUUAGUAACCCUGCUGAGUCACCCCUCAUCACACUUGCCCUGAGCAAUAGAGCUGGUCAGUUCUGGUCAGUCCACAGCCUGCCAAAGGAGCAGUGGCCCAACUCCCAGGACCACACGGAAUCCGUUCCCAGAGACGAAGCGCUGACCAGGGGAUGAGCAUUCAAAGCCUUUUUUUAGGCUCUGCUGUGCACAUAGUUGGCCUCACAAAACGAGAGGGAGUGGAAGAGCCUCGAUCCAGAAAAGUAGACUGGAAGCGGCGACACACGUCAGAAGAGACUGCUCUCUCACACACACACACACACACACACACACAGACAUGCACACACAAGCACGCUCACAGGAACACACUUGCAAACACACAAGCGUUAAAAAUUGGGGACAAUGCUUUUUGCAGUGUCUCAUGACUUUGAGUCUAUACUGAGUUGGUUAAAUAAUAUAAUUAUUAAAGAGAGAGAGAGAGAGAGAGAGAAAGUGAGAGUGGUUAGGAAGAUUUUCCUUCCUUAUGUAUUUUAAUUGUUUUGUUUAUAUUCCUGGACUUUACCAGAAUGCCCUCUGCUAGCUCUUGACCCGGCGAGGUCAGUGGUGUUGGCACAGUAAAGCGUUCAAAGGUCAGAGUUCAAGUCGCCACACAACCAGGUCACCAGUAUUCACUCCAUACCCCUUCGUAUUCUAGCACUGUCAUUUUGUUUUUUUUGUUUAUUUUACUGAUUAUGUUUUGUCUUAUUUCUGGUUGGAAUGUAAAUAAAUAAUGUGUAUUAGUUUGGCGACCACAGCAUCAUGAUGUACUUUUUUUUUGUUUGUUUUUGGUUUUGUUUUGUUUUCUUCCUUUUUUUUAAGUCUGGCUUAUAGCCAGAAACAAACUUAAUGUAACUCAUCACAGGUUAAGGUUAAUCAGUGUCUCCAUUAAAACACUCUAAAAGCA